AUGCCGCACAGCCAGCAGCGCACGCUGCUCAAGCACACCGGCCUCCUGCUGCUGCACAGCCAGGCUGCACCGCCAGACGUGCAGAUGGGGGAAGCACGCGUAGGUCAGGAGGACGCCCGCGACGUCGAAAUGGAGGGGGAGCCACAGGAGGACUCCCAGUCGAAGAGGCCCCGGCUAGUCGCCGGCCUGCCGACUCUCCACGAGCCAGCUGUAGUGGCAGCUGCUUUUGGGACGUGCGUGUGUUUUCUGGCAGCGGCACCUGAUGCCGACAGCAGCGACCCACAAGUAAGCCCUGUACAGAUGGAGUGGGACAAAGAUUUCUUCUCCACGAAAGCAGGCAUCAAACUGGACCCCCAGAAAGCGGUACGGGCCAGGCUGGUAGCAACAGAGGUCAACACGUAUGCGCGCGAGGACGCGACACAAAGCACACCUCCGGUGAAAGUCUUCCGGAUCAUUGUGGCGUUGGCCGCGUCCAAGCAGAGGGCGGACGGGUCAUGGUCUAGGCUCGUGGCUGGGCACGAUGUCUCGGUUGCUUCCUUCCACGCAGACAGCGACGGCGCGACGGCAGUCAUCCCACCGCCAGACGUCGACAGCAUCAUGCGCAAGCACUUCAGAGUGAAGAUCUUGCCUCGAAUCGGCCCCCCGGAGUUCGGCGGACAGGCGGCGACCAGAAGCCACCUGGAGAGGACGAUCCGCUGGGCCACGUCCGGUUUUGAGCGGGAGUGCAACCCGCAGCACAUCCUUGAUCUCGUCGAGCUCCAGGGCCUUACACCGGGAGUGUCCAAGGGUUACCUCGCAGAGGACACGCCCACGGUAAAGUUUGCAGCCUCUGGGAUCAUCAAGGGGAUGACGGCGCCUCUCAAGAUUCACCAGAUGAGGCUGGCACGCUGCAGCCGGCACCUGUUGGACCACCCAGGGGAAGUGCGGCUCUUCGACUACCAGAAAAUACCUUUACUUCUCACGGAGUACUGCGACUCAGACUGGGCAGCAGACCGAGAGACGAGGAAGAGCGUGAGUUGUGUGGUCGAGAGCUUCGGGAAACAUUUGAUUGAUGUAAGCGUGUCGAAACAGUCUCUCCUGGCUCUCUCGAGCGGGGGGGCAGAGUUCUAUGCCAUCAUCAAAGGAGCAGCACAGGGCGCGCAGACAAGCCAGGUGAUUGAAUCCUUCGUUGGCCGCGAGUGCAAGCUAGAUGUGCUGAGCGACUCGUCAGCAGCGCGGGGAAUCUGCAACCGGCAAGGGAGUGGCAAGGUGAGGCACCUGUCCGCGAAAGACCUCUGGGUGCAGUCAGUCUUCCGUGACAACCGCGGUAACCUGAAGAAAGUUGACACGGAGGUCAAUUGGGCAGACCUUGGUACGAAGGCACAUGCACAGGCUCGGCUACAGCAGCUAGUAGACAUGGUGCCACUGAGGAGGAACGAGCCCUUGAGGAGCGAAAGGAAGAAGGGCUUGAGCUCAGGCAGGGUUGCGUCGUUUCUGGCGAUGCUGAACCCGUGCAGGUAG